AACAGUUUUUAACUGGUCCCGUUAAAAAAGCAUGCUCUUCCUGUUUGAAAUUUGCAAUUGUAGUGCGGUAUUGCACCGUACAUUUCAGCCAAAGACAGAACAAUGAGACGUUUUAGUUACAAAAAUAUUAGUUUCAGUCCGCUUCAAAGUUUGCCCUCCCUUUUGAGUCACGUGAUCGAAGAAAACAUGGCUUCUUGAAUCGAGGUUUGUCAACGUUUUGGUAAAAGUAGGAAUCCUACCUACUAACACUGGAUGUGAUUAACAGUCUUGAACUGAAUGAUUUGUAACUUAAAUUCCAUGUAUCGUUAUAUACAUAGCUAGCUAAGUAACUGUUCUACUUUCGGUUUUUCGUAAUUCUCAGGAAGAUGGGUGUGCAGACAUCCUCGACACCAGUCGUAAGGAUAGCUAACGGUAGCUAGCUAAGCUAACUUACGUCUAUAUUUGUUAUCAAGCACCAAAUUCAACCCAGCAACAUGCCUCCUCGGAAAAAGCGAGAGAACAGAUACACUGAUGAUGGUCCCAGGAAACGACGACGAGCAGUUGAUCAUGAAGAGGACAGAGUCGUCAUCUCAGACAGCGACGAGGAUGAAGACUUCAGACCAACAUCAUUAGAGGAGCGCAAACGGGAGAAGGAGAGUAAAACACGAUCUAACGAGAUGACUGAGGAAGAGAUGCUGGACCUGGCCAUGAGGCUGAGUGAACAGGAGGCCAGCAACACUGCUCUCAGGCAACGACAGGAGGAGGAGACCAUGAGGAAGGCCAUCGCUGAAAGCCUCUACGCGGACAGACCCACUCAUCCCCACUCAGAAUCUCUGCUGGUGGACGGGAGCCCUACCCAGAAAUGUCAACGUUCCCCUCCAGAGGCAGAGAGCAGCAUACAGCCCCCCAGGCGGAAGCUCUCUUACCCCAACCAUGGUGUGGCUGACAGGGAGGGAGCCCACGGUGUAGGGGUUGCUAACCCAGAAACCAGCAGGAGGGGGAAAAAAGAGGGUAGUCCCUUACUAGAUAUGCCUGACCUGUCUCAGACCCAGAAGGUCUACUCCCAGUCUUCUCCCCUCAGCCAAGCUUCCACCUCCAUGCCUCUUUCUUCACAGGAGGGGUCUUCUCUGAAGAACCCUUUCGGAAACCUCUCAGCCCACGUCGAAUCUCAGGAAUGCAAGUCCACAGAAAAUGAGUCCCAACUCAGGAAGAAGUCCCCUGUAUUCCCUCUUGCUCCCACAGUCCCAUCAGCCAGCAAACUCAUCCUGUGCCUGCAUAAGCUCAGCCAGGACCUCCUAGUAGACUGUCAAGCCUCUGGGUUCCUACUAUGUUCUCAAGAGGGUCCUCCAAGCUUAACUCUUUCCACAAAGUCCCAGAUGUCUCAGUCUUUUCAGCCAAAGAGCCCUACAUUCUCCAAAAGCCCUGUGUUCUCCAGGACAGAGAGAACUGCAGGCGGGGAACCAGGCCAAGGGAGUCCCCCUAUGUUCUCUGAGACUGAUUCAGGAAAGGAAGAAAAAGAGGCAAGUCCAACUUUUCCUAAAAGAGCCAUGUUCUCCAGUAGUGAUACAGGAGAAGAAGAGAAAGCGGCAAGUCCCACCUUUCCCGGAAGCCCAGUCUUCCCCAGAACUGAUCAGAUAAGGGACCAGGGUCCACAGAACUGUAUUGAAAGUGUCUCUACAUCAGAAGACCAUGAGGAUAGAGACCGAGAGGAUGUGAAGAGCAGCGAAUCCUCAAAGUGCCUUCCACCACGCCUCAGAACAACCCUGUCCCUGAACAAGAGACUCAUACCUAUAAGGAAGACAGUUGGAGUUGCAGACAAAGUUGUUGACCAAGAGGAACGUCAGGGUGAAUCCUCACAGUGCGCUGUAAACAGAAUUAGCACGCCUGCGAAGUUUGCUGCAGAAGAAGACCUUAAUUCAGAGGAACUUACAUUGGCUUUGGAGACUCAGCCAAUGCAGGAGUUAACCAGUAAUAUGGUGCUACGCUGGUCAGAUGAUGAUGAUGAUGAUGAUGAAAAGGAAGACGGUCCUGCAAAGUCAGCUCAGUUGCCCAGCCCAGUCUUCCCACAAGAGAAUGACCUCCCACAACCAAGCAACCAGUGUCUCUCCACAAACACCAACCACCACUGUUCCCCUCCACACAUACACAGCCCCUGCCUCGUCCCCAAGAAACGCACUCACAUCUCCGAAGACUCCGCAUGCGAGGACGGAGAGAGCCAGUCCAAGCGCAUCCGGAAGAAGUUCACCUUCAAGGGCAUGUAUGGAUCUCCCUCCCCCUUUCUCCCCAGACAGGCUGCAGGCAGAGGGAGCCAGGAUGAGGCACAAGCCAGAUACCCCUCUUCCCACCAGCCCCAGGCCUCUUCCAGCCACCUCUCUUCCCCCACAGGCAGCCAGGGGGAUGGGGGAGUGGUGUGCUACUAUUGGGGCGUGCCUUUCUGUCCACGAGGGCAGGACCCAGAUGCCUACACGCAGGUGAUCAUGUCCCAGCUGGAGGUGUAUGAGAAGAGCCUGAAGGAAGCCCAGAGGGGUCUGCUGAGGAAGGCAGGCUGGGGGGAGCCUGUCCUUCCUGGUCCCCCAGAGAGACCUUUUUCCAGGAGGGGACGCCCCAAGAGACACAGGGCCCCAGAACCUCUGGAGGAAGAGGAGGAAGAAGUGCAGGGAGUGAGAAACCAGCAGGAGGAGGUAGUGGAGGUGGUAGAGGAUGAUGAAGAGGAGGGUGAGGAAAGGGAGUGGCGGCGGUCACAGGGAGGGACGGAAGAGGGAGGGAGGAGAGGAAGACUGGAGUGGAAGGACUAUCAGACACUGUUUGUGUCCACUCCUGAACAAGACGAAAAAUCGCCCUCACCUGUAUUUCAUGUAGAAUCCAAUCAACAACACAUUCUACCUCGAAGGAGUCUUGGCCUUAGAAAAAAAGAGAGAAGACCAUCGCCACUGCCUGACCCGCUGGAGAAGGAAAAGGAAGAAGAUGAAAAAGAGGGAGAGAAGAGGGAGGAGGAAGAAAGGAUGGGGGAGGAAGUGGUAGAUGUCGGUGGCUUAGAAGUUCCAGAGACCCAACUCAGUGACGAUGGCACCCAAGACCUGAUGGUCACCAGCCCUGCACAGCCCCAACCAGAGAGGCAGUCCCUGCCUCAGAUCCAGACUUUUCUCUCAUCACCCCAUCUUCUGGAGCAGCGUGUAGAGGUGAUGGAGGUGGAAGAGGAGAGGAGGAGUGGCCCUGUUAGGGGUCCUGCUAGAGGAGAGGAUGUGAGGGUGGAAGUGGAGGAGACGGGGGAGGUACAGGGUGGGGUCUCAGAACCUGCACCCCCUCAGAGCCCCAGCAUGGACUGUCCUAUGUGCAUGCGCCCCUUCCCCCUGACGGAGAUUGAGCUGCACGCUGCCUACUGUGAUGGUAGUACCGCUAACAUGGAGGAAGAGGAGAUGAUGGCUCAGAGCCAAUCGCAAGUUACAGUGAAGUCUCAUAGGAAGAGGACCAGAAGGGGAGAGAGAAUUGGAGAGGAGCAGCCCUGUUCUUCUGGCUCUGGCAAGGCAGUGCAGGGAGAGAAGUGCUUCCUGUGUCAGCAGCUCUUUCAUCUCGGGGACUAUGAGAAGCACGUAGAGGACUGCAUCAGGAACCAAGAAGUGUCCAAGGCUGCAUCCAGGGCCGGACAGAGUGGAGACUUGCUGAGUGCUUUGGACCAGACAGAGCACAGAGAUUCAGGGACUGCUGAGGCCGGACCAUGUGAUACUGCCUUCAGGAGCCAACACAGUGGCCUUAUUGAAGAUCUGGGAGAGUCUGGGGGAAGUGGAGACAUUGCCGUCCCAGGUUUCAGAGUGAGCACCUCGCCCAUCCGAUCCUUCACCUCCAUCUCAGAAGCCACAGACUGCCUUAUUGACUUCAAGCGCCAGUACUCUUCCUGUACUUCCUCCUCUUCCUCCUCCAGGCCCAGACAAAGAGGGAGGAAAUUCAAUAGGAAAUUCAAAUAUACUAAAAAAUAGUAAAUACUGUCAACUGCUUUUUUUUAUACCACUGCAUAUCUUUUCUUUGUAUUGUUUGUUACACUGAAUCAAGUGAUACAAAUGUGUGUUAAUGUGGGAUUAAGUAAUACUUCCUUCGAAAUGUUUAUUUUGUGUACUUUCUUACAAAUCUGUUAGAUUCGAUUCAUCUUUACACACUAGAAAUAAAUGCACACAGUGACCCAAACUAUGGGCUCAUCUUAUAUUCUUAUUUAUAUAAAAGUGACUCCAAAAUGACAUGAUACAUUGCAGAUGUUGGAUCUUAAUUUGAGCCAGUUUGCUACAGCAGGAUAAUAAUCCUGCAGCAACAGGAAAUGUGAAUUAUCAUUUUUGUAGGCGUUAAUAAAAUAAAUGGUAAGGUAAAAUCAA